UAUUUAGUCAUCUAAUUCAGCCACAAACAAGUGGUUGUAUUAUUUGUGAAAAUGUUUUGAAAAUAUUUAUUUUUAAAUCAUUUUGCGAGCAAAACAAUUAUAAUGGGAAACUUAAUUUGUUUGGGAGUGGUUUUAUAACUAACUUGCAAUUUUGUGACGAAAUAAUGUAUAAAAACAAGACAUUACAAGACCAUAACACUUCUCUUCAAGACAGUUGUGUAAAAGGAUAAGGUGGUUGUACAAGUGUUAAGUAGAACAUUGUACGAUGGAGAAACGCUAUAUAUACGUGGGGGCGUCUGUUUGUUUAUUAGUAAUAAUGGCCUCGAUAACUGUGUUACUGCUGUUCACUUUAGUCUGGACCCACCAAGAUGCAAUUGGAUCCAAACUGAUAAUAGACCAUGAUGGAGGUGCUGACGAUGCUAUGGCCAUUUUCAUUGCUUUGAUCCAUGAAAAAUAUUUCCAAGGGUCUCAAGUGGUAGCAAUAACGACAACAUUUGGGAACGUUGAUGAGUCUCAAGCAUUUAUUAAUACCCAGAAAAUAUUACACAUAGCUGGAAGAAAAGACAUUCCCGUAUAUAGAGGGAGCACAACUCCCAUUGUCGAUGGCAUAGAAACUGACUAUUACUAUGGUACUGAUGGUCUCGGGGACUGCGACACUGAUUACGAACCCAUAGAACCACAAGCUGACCAUGCAGUGAAAGCAUUGAUCGAAUAUUCUAAAAAAUAUGAAGGAAAUCUCACCGUCGUAGCUAUAGGAUCUAUGACAAACAUUGCACUGGCCAUUAAGAUAGACCCUCAAUUUCUAAGCAGACUGUCUAUGGUCUAUGUUGGAGCAGGAUUUAUUCAAAGUCCAGAUUUCACGGAUGCAGAAUUCAACGCGGCGAUGGAUCCUGAGGCGUAUUACAUUGUAGCCAACCAUGGGAGCCCUGACCACGUGACCACAGUUCCCUUUUCUCAAGUUUACACGACCAUGAAUUUGACUAAAGAGUGGCGAGCUUCAAUUUUAGGAUCUAUCCCAACAAAAACUAUGGAAGCUCUGAACUGUUUUGAAAGAGUGUCUAUGAGUGGGAAGUCAGGCUGGACUCAGCUAGAUCCGGCUGUGAUGGCCUUAGCACUGAACAGUAGCAUAAUUGAGGAGGUUAGAUAUUCUAACAAUAGCAUUAUAUUAUGUGGAGAUGAUCGUGGUAUUAAUACCAACGGCCUAACAUCAGCAUCCGAAGCGAAUGUUCAACUUAUUUAUUCUGGGAGCAGAGAAUAUUACCAAGAGUUUUUAUAUAACACUUUUGCAGCUGAAUUGACAAAUUAAACAAACGACUAUUACAUAUAGGAUACUAAUGACUGUUUCUUCAAACUACUUACAAACAAAAGGCUGUGAAUCUAUUUUUAAAUUUGUGUAGCCAAAGAAAAUUAUUUGUAGUUAACAAUGAGUUUUGUGUUUUAUUAUUUCAACUUGUUAAGUAUAUUUUUGUCUUUAAAUUUUAUUUAAUAAAUGACCAUUAUUGUU